CAGACGAUAUUUUAUUUUAUUUUGGGCGCAAGUUGCGAAUUUCAGAUGGUGCCGAAAUGUGACCCGGGAACUGCCGUUCUGGGCUUGUAUGUGCAUGUACCUGAAUUGGCACAUUGUGAGAACUUCCACAUCGCAUAUCCGCCGUUGGCACCUUGGGGUGCCGAGGGCAUGUCUCGCACAUUUCACUGCCCGUGUCACUCACCGUCACCAUCAUUGACCUGCCGCAGGCAAGGCAAGUCGAGGCGAUGUCGAAUUACAGCAACCAGGGCACCCGGGCACGUCCCAAUUUCUUCAAUGGGAACCUCGCUCAUUUUGUGGGCGGACCUCCUUUUGGCCCCUGCGGGUAAGGUUGCGUUGGGCGCAAGGACAGGCGGCGGUUUUUUGGCGCUUGCAGGUUCCGACGCAUGCAAGAAGCCCCACACACCAAGCUGCAUGCAAUCGCUGCAUGCUGGAUGCCCGCUGUUCGGGGAUUGCGUUCUGAGCUGGCACGGACACGGACACCACCCACACGGGCACCCACACGGGCACCCACACGGGCACCCACACGACGGACACCACACACGGACAAACCCCAGGAAUCGGUCAUGCCCGCUUCAUGCAUGCCACCUGUUCCCGGCGCCCUGGUUGGGCCACUGCGAAACCGGCCAAGCCCAUUCCUUCCCAAGUUGAUGUCAAAGACUUCCAAGGCGGACACCGAGUUGAGCGGUCUUCGGCCUCGCGCUUGUCGCAAAAAGAGGCAUGAGGGCGACGGUUCGGGAAAGCAGGAUCCCGUGACUGGCCGACCGGGGCCCUCGAUCUGGACAAGGUGCAGCUCGUUCGUCCUCGAUUUGGCUUUCCGUGGGGGUCUCCA